CUAUUUGGUGUUUGAGAACACGGCCAUUGAGUUCUUGAAUGGUCUGAAAGUAGGGAUUUUUCCGGGGUGGGGACAGGGAUGGCUUCUCCGGCCCCCUUCCUAUUUGUUUACUAUACUGUUCUUACUUGUUGCCAUCAUAAGCAUAACUCGGUUAAAACAUCUACUCCCUCAUUUUUGCCUUUGACGUCGGAGAAUCGGAAACAAAUCCCCACCUCUACUUUUGUGGUCCUAAAAAGAUCAUUUAUGUUAGUCUAGGUGGAGUUACUGAUCUAUUAUCCUAUCAAAUCUGGAAUGUUAAUUGGGAAUAGGCACAACUUUUUUUCGAGGUUUGUUUGUACAAGUCCAGUACACAGCUUGCAUCAAUGAGAAGCUUUUUUUCCCUCUCUCCAUAUUCAUUACAGCAGAAUUUCCCAACUUACAUUUCAUUUCAUAUUGGAAUUGGUAGGUAUUAUGUUUCAGAAACAUAAGUGUUGUAAUAGAGUUGUUAGGGAUUACUCUAGUAGUCUAUUUAAGACUUGUAUUCCACGAUCUAGAAAUUAUGGCAUCAUAUGCCACUCAUGUUCUCAUGGUUAAUGUCUUGUAACUGAGAUGUUUUGGGAUGGAACGUUUUUAUAAGAUUAUACUAAUGGAGCAAGGGCAUCCAUGUUGAAAAUUUUAUAGUUCUACUCUGAGUUUCUAAACCAACCAUUAAGCUUUGCCUACUUUAAAAGAAUGGUUAUGGUUAUGUAGAGAAGAAUAAGGGCUUGCUUUCGUAACUUCUCUCUGACUUUUCUCUCAAAGUGAGAAAAUCUAAGAGAUGAGUAAGUUUAAGAUCAAUAGGAAGGAGUCGUGGUUGGUAGCCUUUGGGAGUGGUAGGAAGAUCUACAUAGAGGAAAGGAAUGGAAGGAAAUUGGGUAAGAUUGAGUUGGAUCUGGGUACCUCAGCCUGAAUUAGGGACUGUUUGGUGGCUGUUUCGGAAUCAAGUCGCCAAUUGUCAGCUAUCUCUUAGGUGUGUCUCUCUUGUCAACUCCAACGUCAAUUAAGUCUGGAGGUGCAAACAGGUGAUUUUUCAAUGGAGAUGCAGAAAUUCGUGAGGCUUUCUUGUUGUCGACGAUUGCAAAAGAUUCUAAUUGGUCAUCAAGUGCUAAAGAGUUGUGCUUAGAGGACGGUCUUAAAAACACUUCCUCUGAUGGAUUCUUUGAAGCCUACUGAUAGUAAUUUGGAGAAAGUGGAAGCAAGGAAAUUUCACCCAUGAACAAAAACUCACUUAAUGGUUAGAUAAGGGGGACACCUCCCAACUCCUACCCAGUGGUAAGUUCGGUUGGCGUGACAAGCUUGGUAUAUCCCCUUUUUUUGGUCUCUUGUCCUCCAACUGAUAUGGGUAUGGUUGAGAACAAAGUUGGUUCUGGGAUGUCAGAGAGCAGAGUUGGUAUCUUUUCACCUAAUAUUGUGUCUUCGGUUCAAUACAAUUUGGGUGGGGGAGUUGGGCAAGUGACUUUUGAGAGUUAUGUUUCUCCUCCGGUUUUUUUGAACUCCUAUUCUUAUCGGGGAUACUUGGGUUGUGGCUUACUCUUUUUGUCUAUGUAUUCUUUGGGGGGGAGGUGGCCGGUGUUAACCCAUUGUUCCUUGUUGUGGGUGUCAACUUAGGGGUUGGCAAGGUGCUUCUUACUAAUGAUGGUUAUGUUGGGGAUUUGUUAGGCCAUCAAAUCUUUCUUGAUAAUUAGGGUUUCUUAUCAUGUGAGAAUAAAGUGGUCGAGAGGUGGGAGGUGUUGGCUUCGGUUGGAAUUAACAAAGUGGACUUCAAGGUGAGACAAAUCCAAAAGGGGAUUAAGGGGCUGGUAGUGAAGGAGGGAGGUGAUACGAGAAAAUGUAAGGAGGGUAGUGAUAAGCUAUCUAGGGAGUUAAAGAAAUUGGAUAGUUUGGUGAAUUACAAGAGUAAAAAAGCUUCUAAGUAGGGUCUUCUUUGUUAAAAUUGUUUCUUAGAAUGUUAGGUGUUUUGGAGGGUCAACUUAAAAGGAGGUGAUUAGCUAAGAGUGUUUGGAUAUUGUUAAGUUGAUGGAAACUAAAAGAAGUAAGUUUUGUAGUAGGAGAAUUGCUAGCAUUUGGAAGCGCAUGAGGGUGGAGUGCGAGGUUCUGGAUGCUAAGGGGUUGUCUAGCUGGAUUCUUUUAAUGUGGAAUUCGAGAUCGUGUGUUGCCACUGAAGUGGUUAGGGGUAGACAUUCCAUUACUAUUGCUUUUUUGGACAAUGAUGGUGAAGAGUUAUGGGUUACAAAAGUUUACUAUCCUUCGAGAAUUAGAGGAAGAGGGUUAUUUUGGGAGGAGCUGGGGGAUCUUUAUGGUUAUUGUUGCCCAAGGUGGUGUGUGGCAAAAGACAUCAAUGUCAUCCCCCCCUGAUGAGAAGGCUUCCUGUGGGAGAAUUACUAAGGCCAUGAGAAUGUUUAAAAAGUUCAUUGACAAAAGUUUAUUUGAUCCUUCUUUAGUUGGGGGGAAGUUUGCUUGGGCUAACUGAUGGGCAACAACAAGGACUGAGGGCUUUGGAAUCCCCAAGCAGUCUAAAAGGGUCUAGAAUUGCUUCGGAUCAUUGGCCUAUCUUUUUGUCUUUGAGUCCUCUAAAAUGGGGUCCGUAUCCUUUUCGGUUUGAAAAUAUAUGGCUUCAUCAUCCUUCUUUCAAGGCUAAUAUUUCUGCUUGGUGGAAUGUGCCGGUUUGAGGAAAAUGGGAGGGCUAUCAAUUUAUGGAGAAGUUGAGAGUUUUAAAAGGUUAGCUUAUUGGGUGGAAUAGAGAUGUUUUUGGAGAUGUCCGUAUUAAAAAGGAGCUUGUUGCUAGGAUUGACGAGGUUGAUGCCCUAGGUUGAGGACCCUUGAAUAUCACUCUCAAGGAGGAGAGGUUCAGUUUAAAAGGGGACCUUGUUGGACUGAUUUGGAAGAAAAAGUUAGUCGGAACCAAAAGUCUAAAAUUAAGUGGGCUAAGGAAGGGGAUUGUCAUAUUGGUUUUUUCCAUAGAAUUGUGGGUUGCAAAAGGAACAAGAAUCAUAUAGGCUUUCUGCUUUUAGACAAUGGGGAGUAUACAAGAGGUGGUAAGGUGAUCGAAAAGGAAAUCUUAGGUUCUUCUCAAGUCUUUAUAGUCCUAAAGUCAGGGUCAAGCUCUUUCUGGAGGGUAUAGAUCGGAGCUCUAUUUCGACUAGGGAGGAUGAAGAUUUGGUGGUCCUUUUACCAUGGAUGGGAUAAAAAAGGUUGUUUUCAGUUGUAAUAGGAACUAAUCUCCAGGCACCGGUGGCCUUUAUAUGGCUUUCUUUCAGGACAAUUGGAAUCUUCUCAAAGGAGAUUUGGUGGGAGUUUUCAAGGAAUGUUUUGGAAGGGGUAUUUUAAAUAUUUACCUUCGUUUGCUUGAUUCCUGAAAAGGAUAAUACUAACAAGGUUAAGGAUGUUUGGCCCGAGGUUUACUAUUUUCAAGUAGACAUAACUUUAACCUUAUUCAAAAGCCUUAUUAGACUACUAUUAUUUAUGGUUUUUGAUUAAAGAUAAUACCAACAAGUUUACUAGCGUUUAUAAGAUUUUGGAUAGGGUUCUUGCUAAUCGGUUAAAGUUAUGUCUUCUACUAUUUUCGAGGCCCAAGGUACCUUUGUGGCAGGAAGGCAAAUUUCAAAUUUAGUUCUUAUAGCUAAUGAAGCCAUUAAGGAGUAUAGGUCGAGGAAAAAAGGUGUGUUGCUUAAGCUCGAUUUUGAAAAGGCAUAUGACCAUGUGGAUUGGGAUGUUUUGAAUAGAGUGUUGAUGAAAAAAGGUUUUUGGUAAUAAAUGGAGGAUGUGGAUGUGGCGGUGCAUGAGGAGCGUGAAGUAUUCUAUUCUCAUCGAUAGAAACCCAGAGGGUCGAUUCAAGCCACCAGAGGUUUAAGACUAGGGAAUCCUCUAUCUUCUAUCUUGUUCUUACUUGUGGUGGAUGUCUUAAGUCAGAUCAUUUAUAAAGGGGUGGAAGGAAACAUUAUUGAUCCUUUUAGGAUUGGAAGGAAUGAAGUCUCAUUAUCGCUUCUUCAAUUCGCAGAUGAUGCAAUGGUUUUUUGGUCCGAAAAAGAGGAGCCCUUUCUCAUUCUCAACCAUAUAGUAGAUUUCUUUAAAGAUAUGUUUGGGUUAAAAAUCAAUUUGAGUGAAUGUACUAUUUUUGGAAUUAACACUGAUCAAGUUAAGUUGCAGAGGUGGGCAGAUGUGUUUGAUUGUGAGGUUGGCUCCUUCCCUUCAUUGUAACUCGGGCUUCCCCUGGGUGGAAAUUUGAGAGCUUUGACUUUUUAAGACCUAAUUUGUGAGAAAAUUCGUAAGAGAUUAGUGGUGUGGAAGAAAGGAUUCUUUUCAAAAGUUGGCCGAUUAACCCUAAUUACGUCAAUGCUAAGUGGGAUCCCUGUGCAUAUUUCUCUCUUUUCAAGGACUCUAGUUUGGUGUGUAAGAGCAUGGAAAAAUAUAUGAGAGAUUUUUUGUGGAGAGGGAUGGAGGAAGGUCCUAGUCCUCAUUUGGUCAAUUGGGAAGUGGUUGGAUGCCCACUGAGUUAAGAGGUUUAGAGAUUAGUAAUCUAUGAAUUCACUAUAGAGCUUUGUUGGCCAAGUGGCUUUGGCGCUUUACCCUUGAGUUCGAUUAUUUAUGACAUAGGAUUAUUGUGAGUAAGCAGGAAACCCAUUUUUUUGAAUGGACGACAUGAGGUGUUAAAGCCACACAUUAUAAUCCUUGGGAAGAGAUCUCUUUUGAGCUUCCGACCUUUUCCUGGUUUACUCAUUGCUUUGUGGGGGAUAGUAAGGAUACGUAUUUUUGGGAGGAUAAGUGGGUGGUGGGGAAGUCUUCCCUUUGUUCUUCAUUUCCGCAUCUUUAUCAUUUAACCUCUUCCAAAAACUAUAUGAUAUCAAAUCUUUUGGUUAGGUUUGAUAAUUCUGCAUCCUUCUUCUCGAGUUCUUUCGUAAUUUGACUAAUAGGGAAAUGACAGAGGUUGCCUCUUUUCUUUCUUUGGUUGGGGGUGCAGCUUUGGGGAGGGAACGAGGGACGUUCAUGUUUGGAGUCCCAAUCCAAGUCAAGGAUAUACGUGUAAGUCUUUCUUUAGUAUGUUGUUGGAUCCCUCCCCUUCUAGGGAAUUUGUUUUUAACGUGGUUCUGAGGACUAAGGUUCCUAAGAAAGUCUUGUUCUUUAUCUGGCAAGUUUUGCUUGGUCAGGUUAACAUUGUUGAUGACCUUAUUAGGAGGAGGACUUCACUUGUUGGGUCAUUUUUUGCUGCAUGCUUUGUUGGAAGGCAGCGGGUGAAGAUCUUGAUAACCUUUUUUAGGAUUGUCAGUAUGCUCGGAUUGUGUGGAGCUCUUUUCGGCAGGAGUUUGUUAGUCAUGCUGGCUGUCAGGGCGUUCGUGCAACAACAAUGGAGUUCCUCCUCUAUCCACCCUUCUGAGAGGUCUUUUUAAAUACUUUGCAGGGUGUGUGCUAUUUUGUGGGACAUUUGGGGGGAGAGGAAUCACCGGAUGUUUCGUGUUUCUAAUGGCCACAUCAAACGCCCUCAAGAUGAAGACAUCCAAUCAAACGUUCUUGAAAUCGUUGGAUCAAAAAUUCAGGCGACUUAUAUAACAUGCCCAGCGGAUCCAGCUUCUACACUAGGAAUAAAAUUGCCAUUCUUGGUUAUAAUCGUGAAGAAUCUCAACAAAUAUUUUACUUUUGAGAUUCAAGUUCUGGAUGAUAAGAAUGUCAGAAGACGGUUUCGAGCUUCUAACUUUCAAGCUAUCACUAGAGUUAAGCCAUAUAUCUGCACCAUGCCUCUUAGGAUGGACGAAGGUUGGAACCAUAUCCAGCUAAAUCUGGCUGACUUUACUAGGAGAGCAUAUGGGACGAACUAUGUUGAGACAUUGCGAGUUCAGGUACAUGCAAACUGCCGCCUGAGGAGGAUUUAUUUUGCUGACCGCUUGUACUCGGAGGAGGAGCUUCCACCAGAGUUUAAGUUGUACCUCCCUACGCAGAGAGCUUGACAAGGUUUCUGGCGGUGCUUUUACAUCUUGGUGAGCUUGAAGUUGUACUCUCUUUCUAGAAGACUAUCCUCAUUCAUACACCCAGACCGAAUGAACUAAUGACUAUGAAGUAUGUGUUCGAUCUAAAUUCCUAUUGAACUUAGUGAAGUUGAGGACGUUUGUACUCUGAUUGCCCUGAACUUUUUGACACCGUAAUGAAACCUGAACAUGACUAAUUUGUAAUUA